AGACCGAGAGAGAGAGCGCGCGCUGAACAUCUGCGACCCAGAUACACAGAAACACACUCACAUCAGCGUCUGAUACGGACCGGAUGAAGGCACUGUUCAGUGUCACGUGCUGUGUUCUUGGGAGAUACACGCACGGAACUGUAGGAGCCCGACAGGAAUGCCGCGUGAACGGAAUGGAGGCAGUGGAGUGACUGAGUGAGUGGUUGUGAGGCGGGUGGACCCGUUAGAGAUGAGGGCGGCGUGGGCAAACUUGGCGGCGCUGCUGCUGCUUUGCACUUGUGCAGGGCUUCUGCACUUCUGGAGCGGGUUGGAAAAGCGGCUGGAGAGGAACAAGCGUAACGUCUAUCCCGCCUUUCCAGACCCAUCUCCGGACCUUUCUGGAACUUUUCGGGCUUUACUCGCCGUCCCGACCGGUUCCAGAUUACACCCAGUUCAUAACAAUAGCGACGCUGUUGAAGAUAACGGACGCCGGUUUGACUCCUCAGAGCGUGAGAGAAACCAAACCGAUCGAUUCCUAGAGGACGGGAUCUUCUGGAGUCAGUAUCUCGAGGACGAUAUGGCGAUGGGUUUCCUGGAGGAAGACGCGCGCGCGUGGAGGCUGCGAGUCCGCCGCGGCCGUGUGGUGUCCCUGGAGCCGGGCUGCGGCAGGACGUCCAACCAGCUGGCCACUUUCUCGGACGGAUCCCGUGCGUGUGUGCGUUACGGCAUCAACCCCGAGCAGGUGCAAGGGGAAACGCUGUCUUAUUACCUAGCGGCUCUGCUGGGGAUCACUAACGUUCCGCCGCUCGCGCUUUUGCGCCUCGACGGCGAGCAGUGGACGCACGUGAGGCGGCGCAUGGAGGCGCUACAGUGGACACCGAGCGCCGUGGUGUCCCUCAGCGAGUGGGUGGCCGAGUUGAGCCCGGCAGACGUGCCUGCUCCUUUUCACCGCUCCGGCCUCGGGGUGCGACCCCUCCAGUCCGAACUCCAAAGCAAAACCAAAGCGGAGCUGCUCGAGCUGGUGCAGUGGAGCGACCUGGUUGUGUUCGACUACAUCACGGCCAACUUCGACCGGCUCGUGAGCAACCUGUUCAGCCUGCAGUGGGACGCCAAAGCCAUGGAGAGAGACGCGAGCAACCUGCUCAGGACUCCUCGCGGCAGCUUGGUCUUCAUCGACAACGAGGCUGGACUAGUGCACGGCUACCGCGUGCUGGAUAUGUGGGAGAAGUAUCACAGCGCGGCGCUCGGCUCUGUGUGUGUGUUCAGGAGGAAAACAGCGCGGCGCGUGGCGGAGCUGCAUCGGCGGAGGGACACGCGCGCGCGCCUGCUGCAGCUCUACCGGGACAGCGAGCCUUUAGCGCCUGAGCUCGGCUUCCUGUCCGACGAGCACGCCAGGAUACUGCAGGACAGGAUAGACAGAAUUCAUGAGCAUAUUUUGCACUGUAAAGAUAAGCACGAAAAACUGUAACGUUUUUGUCUUUCUGUUUGUUUAUUUUUUCUCCCUCGCGUGGAUCAUGCUAUCACAUUAGUAUGGAUAAGGAUUGCUAGUUACCAAGGUGACCAUUCCACCACGCGACCCGUGAACUGUGUUCAGUGUGACUUCUGAAUAUCUGGACUAGCUACCUCUUGUAGGGACAAACCUUUAAAUGUGGCUAACUAGGCUACUCUUCUUUUUGUAUAUGCGAAUACUUUUCAUUUUUAAAAGUCUUAAUUUAACAGGAAACACAAUGCAUAUUGCUUGUGAUAGAACGAUUCUUGAUGAAAGUUUGUCAUGAACACACUGGAGACAGACCCAAGUGCUGAUGUAUGCUGCUUCUGUCAUUUCUUUUUGUCUUUUAUUAAUAGGGAUGCACUAAUCCCAGUAUUUACAUUUAGAAUAGACACAUUUGUUUAGAAAGGUCCCCAAUGAUGGUCCUACCCUGAAGAGUUCUGCAAGGUUUUGUUGCCAAGUUAUGUGAAACAUGUUAAAUGUGAUGGCAGUGCAUUUUAUGACAUGUUGUGUCCUAUGUUUAUUGCAAGGUCUGUCUGUCUUAGGCCAGUGAAAUAUGCUGUAAAAUACAUCAGUGGCUUAGAUGAUAAAAUGCAUCAAAUAUGAUCUAGCCAGAUUUGAUCCAGCAUUUUAAACAGUAUCAGGCCAAAAGGCAAUACUCUGUACUGGAUGGAUAAAUCACUAUUUAUUGGACUAUUGUACUUGAUAAACAGGUUACAUUCAGAAUAACAUGUUUCUAAAAUUACCUGUAAUUUAGUCACACUACUUCAGUUUUUUUCCAUCAAUCACUUUGCAGAGUGUGGUGAAAUGGUUAUAUUCAAACUGCUGAAAGGUCAGUGAUUUAUAUAAAAGGACAUCUUUGAUAAUCCUCCAUAGCUUCACAAUUUCAUCAUGGCCUUAAUGAAGUGGUGGGAUGUGCAUUGAAUUCAAAAUGUGUUGUGGGAUUUUACUUUGUGAACUCUGACUUCUAUUUAACUAAUUUAAAUCACGAUAUGUGAUAACAUUCCAGUUCUUUUUUAUAUUAAAAAUGUGUCAUUUUUACAUGCCAUUAAAUCUAGUGAAACCAAAGUGUUUCACUAUGUUAAACA